GGAGCAAAAGACAAAUUUUGGAGAGAAGUAAAAAAAUUAGUCCAUGGGGGUGUGAUAGCCCAAACACCACCUCCUCUGGGGAUAUCAGUUGUUCUAAAAAGUGUAAUAAGAGGAUGCAGCAUGUGAGGACUGUGAAAGGUUAAAGAAGAGCGCACAGUGCCUCUUCCCCCACCAUUCCAGUGUUGUCUGCAAUGCCUCCAAAUGUAGCCUGAUGUACUCUUCUUUUCCUUUUCAGCGCUCCUUAGCAACACAUCCAGAUUUUGCUUUACUCACCAUGAAGGCCACAGUCAUUGCAACCUUCUUUGGUGUGUUUCUUACAUGUACAUACACAGCCAAGGAAGCCACAAAGAAGACAAAAAAGGCUAAGUUAUAUGUACCCCAGAUUGAUUGUGAUGUCAAGGCGGGGAAGAUAAUUAAUCCAGAAUUCAUUGCAAAAUGCCCUCCUGGAUGUCAAGAUGUAAAAUACCGUGUUUAUGGCACAGACAUUUAUGCUUCUUUUUCCAGUGUCUGCAAUGCUGCAAUUCACAGCGGUAUAAUUGACAACACAGGUGGGAAGAUCCUUGUCCAGAAAGUCGCCGGGCACUCUGGUUACCGCGGGAGCUUCUCCAAUGGUGUCCGGUCCCUGUCACUGCCACGCUGGAGGGAGUCCUUCCUCGUGUCAGAGGGCAAACCAAGAAAAGGUGUGACAUAUCCAUCAACUCUUGAAUACUCUUCUUCAAAAACUACAGCUGUUAAAUCAGAGCCUAAAAAAACAGAGGAAGACCUAAAAGGUAUGAAGAUUGCAGACACUGCUAACACAUCAGGAAAAGCAUCGGAUCAAGGGGACAUAGUCCACAAAGAGUAUCAGACAACUCCAGUGCCGACCCCAGCCACACAAAUGGCCACCACAACCCCCACACUGACGACCACGAUGACAGAUCCUUCCACCACAGUGCCACAGCUAACCACAACACCUGCAGCAGCCAGAACCACAGCAGCUCCAGCCAAGACUAGACCUGGACUGCACAGGGUCAGAGAUAUGGGUUCUAGCAGCGUCCACCCAGCAUACGCAUCUGUGGUAGCUGCAGCAGCAAGACAGGUUCAGGCUGCACAAGGAAGAGGACAGAAUACAGCAUUCAGGGGCACCUCCACCUUUGCAAGUAUCAGGAAUAUUUUACAACACAAUGCAGGUGCUCAGCGCCAAGAGCCUUUUGCCACCUUCCAGAGGGCUGCCAGCUCUCCAGUCCACCUGGCAAUGGAAAUAGACUCAUGGAAACCUGGACUGAGCCUUUUUGACACAGGCUUCAGUUCAAAGGAAGAAUUGAAUCCAAAGCCACUGGAAUCCAUCUCCCAGGGGAAUCAGAAUUGCAAAGUUGAUUUGUCCUUCUUAAUGGAUGGGAGCUGGAGCAUUGGCAAACGCCGCUUUCAGCUCCAGAAGCGAUUCCUUGGUAACGUGGCUCAAGCCCUUGGCAUUGGCAGCGCUGGUCCUCUGAUGGGCAUUGUUCAGUAUGGUGAUGACCCUUCCACAGAAUUUAAUUUAAAAACUUAUGCCAACUCCAAGGAUCUAAGGAAUGCCAUUGAGAAAAUUCAACAGAAAGGGGGACUUUCCAAUGUUGGGAAGGCACUUUCAUUUGUUAACAAAAACUUCUUUUUGGAUGCUAAUGGAAACCGAGGUGGAGCACCCAAUGUGGUUGUAGUGAUUGUGGAUGGGUGGCCUACCGACCGAGUGGAAGAGGCCUCCAGGCUGGCCAGAGAAUCAGGAAUCAACAUUUUCUUUGUCACUGUUGAAGGAGCUGCUCAAAGUGAAAAGCAGAAUGUUAUUGAACCAGACUUUGUGGACAAGGCAGUGUGCAGGACAAGUGGUUUCUACUCCAUCAAUGUGCCCAGCUGGUUCAGCCUCCACAAGGUGGUCCAGCCCUUGGUGAAGCGGGUGUGCGACAUUGACCGGCUGGCUUGCAGCAAGACGUGCCUCAAUGCCGCCGACAUCGGCUUCGUGAUUGACGGCUCCAGCAGCGUCGGCACCGGCAACUUCCGCACGGUUCUCCAGUUUGUGGCCAACAUCAGCAAGGAGUUCGAGAUUUCGGACACCGACACGCGCAUCGGAGCUGUGCAGUACACCUACGAGCAGAGGCUGGAGUUCAGCUUUGACAAGUACAGCACGAAGCAGGACGUGCUGAACGCUAUCAAAAGGAUCAGCUACUGGAGUGGGGGCACCAGCACGGGAGCAGCCAUCAGCUAUGCCUCAGAGCAGCUGUUCAGCAAGUCCAAACCCAACAAAAGGAAGAUCAUGAUUCUCAUCACAGAUGGCAGGUCUUAUGACGAUGUCAGCUUGCCAGCCAUGGCAGCUCACCAAAAUGGAGUCAUCGCUUAUUCCAUUGGAGUUGCUUGGGCAGCCCCAGAUGAACUGGAAGCCAUUGCAUCGGACCCUGCUAAGGAGCAUUCCUUCUUUGUGGAUGAAUUUGACAACCUCUACCGCUACGUUAAUCAGCUCAUUCAAAAUAUUUGCACAGAGUUUAAUUCCCAGCCACGGAACUGAUGGACUCAAGCAAGGCAGGACCCUUGGGCGCUGUGCUGAAGGCAUGUCAAGUGCCACAGAAAUAAUGGCAGUCCUCAGUUCAAGAAACACUG